AUGAGGUUUGGGGUGGAAUACCGGGUCUUAAAGGAUCUUGAAGCUUGCACAUAUAUUGAUUACGGGUAUAAUUACAAGGGAACAUCGUCCACCUUGCUCUACAGCAAGUCCGGAAGCCUGGAUUCCUGCAAGGCAGAGUGCUCUUUGGACAACAAUUGUAAUGGAUUCGGAAUGAAGUCUGGAACCUGUCAUUUUUCUACUCUUUCUGUCCCUGUAUAUAGCAGUACCUGCUCUUCAUGUUCUUAUUACUCAAAGGAUGUCUGCACCAUAGAGGAGACAACAGUUCAGACCUCACAAUCGAUGACAGAUCAAACGUCACAACCGACAACGGAUCCAACGUCGCAACCGACAACAGAUCAAACGUCACAACUGACAACGGAUCAAACGUCACAACCGACAACGGUUCCAACGUCGCAACCGACAACGGAUUCAACAUCACAACCGACAACGGAUCAAACGUCACAACCGACAACGGAUCCAACGUCACAACCGACAACGGAUCAAACGUCACAAUCAACAACAGAUCUAACAUCACAACCGACAACGGAUCAAACAUCACAAGCGACAACAGAUCAAACGUCACAACCGACAACGGAUCAAAUGUCACAACUGACAACGGAUCAAACAUCGCAGUCUAUAACAGGUCAAAUGAUAACGUUACAACAAACAGAUCAAACGUCUCAACCGACAACAGACCAGCCAUUUCAACUGACAACUGACCAAUCGUUGCAUCUGACAAUUGAGCAGUACACUACUAAUUGGACUGGCCAAUUUCAGUGUACAUGUACGUGCACUGACAACAGCAUCACGAUCAAAGAAAAAAUCAUACAACGUAAAAUUGAUCUUUAUAUGGAUGAAAAAGAGACAUCAUCAGCAAAGAACGCACAUAUCUGUAAAACAGACAAUAGGAAGUCCGUAGUUAUAAUUGGGUCAACAGGAGCGUUUAUCCUUGGAGUGCUACUGAUGACUAUCAUACUUCCUGAUGUUUUAACAGUCCUGCAUUACGUACGCAACCGAAUUUAUAUACUGAGUCAUGUCAAAAGAAUAAGGAAGAAUACUUUAUAA